AUGAUCCCGACCUAUGCCCCGACGACGUCGCCCGUCGACUCGCCCACCUUCAGCCCGGAGCCGACGUACGCGCCUACCGCCUCGCCCAACGACAGCCCUACCGUCUCGACGAUGCCGACCUACUCGCCCACGCCCGUCCCCACCUCGAUGCCCUUCCCCUACCCGUCGACCGAGCCCACGUACACGCCCACGAAUACGCCGACGACCGCGCCGAACGAUUCACCCACGGCCAUGCCCACGUACUCGCCCACCGGCGUGCCCGUCCCGCGGCCGACGUUUAGCCAGGAACCGACCUACAGUCCGACCACAAGCCCCGUCGACUCGCCCACGUUCUCGCCCAUGCCGACGUACGUCCCCACGUCUUCUCCGACCGUCUCGCCGACGUUCUCGACGAUGCCGACCUACGCGCCCACGCUCGUCCCGACGCCGCAGCCGUUCCCCGCACCGUCCGCCGAGCCCACGUACGAGCCCACGGAUCACCCGGCGUACGUCAACUACACGUACUCGGCUUAG